AUGAUAGGAAGCACACAUGACAUAAUUAAAACGACGUUCAACUUACAUUCAAAAACAAAUCGUCGUUUAUAUUCUGGAGAUAAAUAUCCAUUAACAUAUUUACUUGAUUAUCAGACAAUUCACGAAUAUUAUUAUUCAAAACAGCCAACUUAUGGGAAACGUUUUAAGAUUUCAUUUGCUUUACUGACGACAUUUGUUCUGAUAUGUACAAUAGUUUUUCGAGUGCACAUCUAUGCCUACAAUUCAUUUUUUGGUCCAUUUCAUCUUGAUUUAAAUGGUUUUAUUCAACAUGUGAAAGAUUAUGAUAAUGGUCAAUCGUGGUUUAAAAGAAUUGAAUAUAUUCAAGUUGAAUUAGGUCAAAAUAACAUCCAAAAUCCAUCGAAUACAUAUGAAACUCUCCGGAGGUAUUCGGAUCCUUUCACACGGCGGCGUCAUAUAGCAACAUAUAAGAAGACGAAAACACCUGCAAUCUAUGUUAAAUUACCGACACGAGCACAAACGCGCUUUCAUGAACGUCUUCCAUUUGAUUUUUCGUUGUAUUCCGUCCGUACAUUACGGUGUAUUGUUAGCAAGCUUUCAAAUGGCUCUGAAUCAGUGCAUCAAACAUGGAUUGAAAAAUCUGAAUAUGUAAAAUAUAUCAAUGAACAAUAUUCGAAGAAUUCUGUUCAAUUUAAUACAUUAGUCAUAUCCAAAUGUGGUAUUGUUAUCGGAUAUCUCUAUCGACCACUGUAUGAAAAGGCUUUUUAUCCUACAAGAGAACAUUCAUUUUCCUCAAAAGAUAUAGCCUUUGAUAUGACACAUCAAUAUUUCUCGUUCUAUUCAUUAGUUAUUGUUACUUUUAUAUUUCUGUGCUUAUUUCUUAUACCUUUAUCUUACUUGAUAUUAUAUGUGAAUAACAUUACUUGUCGAACACUUCUCCGUAGAUAUGGCUUGUUCUCAUUUCCUUUAGCUUUGUCACAAGAUGUUGUUGACGAACUUUGGUUGUUAAAUAUCGAUAAACCAGUACACGAACAAUUAUUGCAAUUGGAUGAAAUGAUCCAAGGCACUAAACAUAAAUUUCAAAAUCAGUUGUUUAUUAUUGAAAAUCAACUGGGCGAACUAUUUGUUGUCCUGCUCCGAGUUCAUCUUCGAAAGACGGUAUUUCUAGAAGAUAAGGCAUCACCAUUUAUCAUUUGUCCUGUCACUAAUAUAAACAAAAUAGUUGAAGAGACAGGUAUCUGCUAUGGAAUAGAUUUAUCAUGGAUACCAUGGACGUCCAUAAUGACUUACGAGCACAAUUAUUCAAAUUGGUUACAUUUAACACUAAUGGAAAUCAGCGAUUAUUACAAGAAGCAAUACCAAUAUCGUCUUGAACAUGAACAUGAAGUAAUGCCGCUAUUCUAUUCAAACUUUUCAAAUUUUCAACGGCAACGCAAGCCAAAAACAGAACAGGAAGUGAAAUUCGAAAAAUACGUUCACGAAGAAGAAAAUGAUCAACGUUUAAAACGUGAGCGACAAAGCUUCUAUGAACGUCUUACGAAUCCGACAAUUUCUGCUUCACCUCAAUUUAUUGCAAAUUUUCGAAUGAAAGAAAAAACACAAGUUGAUACGACGAUGGAAAACGAAGGUAAUGAAUGCGUUAUUUGUUUAGAGUCUUUCAAACAGGGUGAUUCAUACGAAGAAUGGCCAUGUCCGUCUCCGAUACCGCACAUCUUUCAUUACGAUUGUAUGUUAGACUACUUACGAAGUAAACAUACGUGUCCAAUUUGUCGACAUCCAGUCGAACCUUCUCAAUUCCGUGAUGAUGGGGUUUUACAAUUUCUUAUGAGAUUCAAUACAUGA